GCUUGUCCUCUCGCCGCAGUCACAUGACUUGACUUCCUGAAUCCUGCCUUCUCACGAAAAAAAAUUUCACCGCUUUCGUUACUGCAAGGAAAUUGGAAUUCAAAGGGCAGGCCACAAUUAAGCGAACCUUUCGAAGACGACGCAAUGCAGCCUGGAGGACUCAAAAUCACCAGACACUAUAAAUGAGAGUAAAUGAAGACAAGGUUGGCUACGUGGCUUGCCAGCUAGCGAGCAACGUAGCGAUAGCUAAUUUCAUUUAACGGUAACGUACGUACGCUAGCUUAGCUGUCUUUUAGCUAUUUAGCUAGCCUUUAGCCAUAGUGCUAACAGCUGUCGUUUAGUUUUAGUGCUUGAUCGAGUGGAGUAAUCACACAACAACCAAUACCAACAAAUCCGUUCAGAUACAGUUAUAAGCGAUUCGAACGUUAAUGCUAACUAAACAUCCUGCUAAGCGGUAUCAUUGAUUAAUCUCCACAGACAUCCACAUUCUCAGGGGUUUUGGAAGGGUAGUAGCUUUCAUAUUCAAGCUAGCUCGCUAGCCGACAUACUAAAGACAUCUUUGUAGUUGUCAAAACCAACGAUAAGGAAUCAUGUCAAAGUACACCAGUUUUCCUGAGCCGAAUGCCGAAGAUCAGAAUCCAUUCCAGGACCCGUCUGUUACCCAACACAGCAGCACCACGGGUUAUGCCACUCUGGACCUGUACAACCCUUUUGACAACAAGACAGUGCAGCCACCACCUCCUUACGAGGCCACAGUGCCCAAUGCACCUCCGCCCGCUCAAACCCCACCCAAUCGGACGACACCCACGGAACCACGCAACUAUGGAUCCUACACCAACCAGAACGAGGAUAGUUCUGCCUCGGGCUCAUAUGUCCCACCCAUUCUGCAAUCAACAGCCAGCCCACCUGGAGAUACUGUAUGGGUUUGCCCUCCCACUUUGCAUAUAGAGGCAAAAAAAAAAAAUCAAAUGCUCGCUCUAUGCCUGCCCUGCGUGCAGAGGAAUGGAGAGGAGAGCCCCGCGAAUAAUAUGUGGAGCUGGUUUGGGACAUGGGAUCUGGAGCCUCGUCAGAAUAACUGGCCCCCCCUGCCCUCCUUCUGCCCAGUGGGGCCCUGCUUCUACCAGGACAUCAGUGUGGACAUCAACCAGAACUUCCAGCGCACUGUCACCAUUAUGUACUACUACUGGAUGUUCACGGCCUGCACUCUACUGUUCAACCUGAUCUCCUCGCUGGCCAACUUCUGUGUGGAUGUCUCGGGGGGCGUAGGUCUGGGCCUGGCUAUCCUCUGGUUCAUCCUCUUCACUCCCUGCUCCUUCGUCUGUUGGUACAGGCCCGUGUACAAAGCCUUCAGGAGUGACAGCUCUUUCAACUUCUUCGCCUUCUUCUUCGUUUUCUUUGCCCAAGUCGUCUUCUAUGUCAUCAUGACUAUCGGCAUCCCUGGCUGGGGCUUCAGUGGGUGGAUCGUGAGUCUGGCUACUCUGAAGUCCAGCGUUCCUGUUGGGGUGAUAAUGUUGCUGAACGCUAUUCUCUUCACUGGCCAGGCGGCCAUGGGAGUGGUCAUGCUGAAGAAGGUGCACUCCCUCUACAGGCAGACCGGGGCCAGUUUUGAGAAGGCUCAGGCUGAGUUUGCCACUGGCGUUAUGUCCAAUCAGGCCGUCAGGCAGGCAGCGGCAACUGCCACCACCUCUGCUGCCCAGAGUGCCUUCACGGGGGCGCGGUAGAGGUUUGGCGGAAGAGGAGGAGGGUGGGUCUGGGUCGUGCGCUUGUCUGGGACGGCUAGUCCAAGCUGGACAAGUCUUUACAGACACGCUGGCCUCAGAUGUAUCGGGACAAACAUUUGUGCAAGGUAGAUUUCCUUUGUUUCUGUCCAUGAUGUCCAUUGUUUAUUUAAAAUAAAAAAUGAAUUAUAAAAGUCAGUAACUGGGUAGUAAGAGUAGAUUGUGUCCCUCAUAAUUUACCUACACGUUUUGAAAAAAAAAAAAAAAAAAAAGAUGUCGAUUAAAUAACAAAAAACACUUAAAGCGCUGUUUGCACGGAUACACCUGAGCGCCAAGAAGUGAUAUCACCAGUUGUUAAUGUCCCGGGGGUGGGGGUGGGAGCCAGGACUAUACCCAGAAACCUACUUGGGGAGAUGGGGAAGAGUGGGAAUAUGAGGGGUCGGGUCGGGGGGGGUGUAGGUUACUGUAAAUGAGAAAUCUGUCAUAAAAGAAAUUCAAUGGAAGACCCACAGGUGGUCUACUACUGAGAAGUAGAUCCCAAGUAGGGUGCCAAUGCCAUGGCAGUCAGUCUCCCCUUCUGCUGCCAGUGUGCAAGGGUCCAUUUCAUCACUACUCGAGUACCCACAUUAAGGCUGUUAUGGCCUGAUGAUAAUUCAAAGCCACCCCCCACCCCCACCCCAGAGUUCAGUGAAGAUGUGAGAAAUUGCUUUGAGCUUUUUUGCAGUUAUUUUUUUUUUUUUUCAUAAUGGUUUCCUUACCUGAAAAGGCGCUGGUGACUCUCUUGCAUUUCUGCUCCCAGUGUUCUACCUUUGCUUUAAUUGGCUGCAGCAGUCAGCCAGGCCCUUUCAGUAACAAAUAGCAACACCCAAGCAUUGCUCCUCACAUGAUAAUAAAAAAUAAUAAUAAUAUGUGGAGAUGUGUGGCAAUUGUAUUAUGAAUGCAAGCAAACUGAUGAACAAACAAGAUUGAAUUGCAUGUUGUAUAUUUGAAUGAAGGACAUAAAGGCAGAAGAUCAUGUUGCUACAGCUGACGAUGCAGUGUAAAACACACUAGGUUGAUUUAACAUGUAAUUAACUAUGGCUGAAUUGUUCAGGUGUCUGUGGCCAAUGUUUUUAUGUCGCUAACAAUGAGCUCUAACUGGUUUUUAUGUUUUACCUUAUCUUUUUUGUGAUGUGAAGGAGAAUACCAAUUUAAGUAUUUUUUCCAAUGCCAAAAUAAAGAACGACAAAAGCA